UCCUACAGAGUUCUCAACAAUCCUUAAGAUUCUCAAUAGGAAUCAAUAAGAGUAACAAGCAAGAUGAACCGAAUCCUGCUGUUGAUGGCCUUUUCGGCCGUUCUUGUGGCUGCUGGAAGAAUAACCACGAAUCCCGACAGGGUUCAGGGUAUUGAUCGCAUGUCCUUGGAGGAUCUGCAGCGUCAGAAGUUCAUUCUCGACAUCGUUCAGAAUAUCCAACAGCCUCUGCAGCAGAACGAACUCAUCCAGCUGGAUCAGGGUCUGAUUGUGGACGGACAACGUUAUCGCGGUGGCAUUGAUGAGGUGAUGCAGCGUGUCAUCGAUCUGGACCGCCAGCGUCGCCUUCUGGACGAGCACCAAGUGUACUCGGUGGGUCGCUCGGAGGAUGUAGAGCAGCUGCGUGGUAUUUACCGCCUGCUGGUCCGUGCCCAGGACUUUGAUACCGUCCGCCGCAAUGUGGUUUAUCUGCGCCGUAACAUCAAUCCCGUCCUGCUGGUCAAUGCCUUGGCCUUGGCCAUUCGUGAUCGUGACGACACUCAAUCCCUGAUUGUGCCCGCUGUCCAGGAGCUACUGCCCGAAUUGUACCUGGAUGAGGAGGUGAUCGAACAGGUUCGCGGUGUUCUGAGGCAGCAAACCCAGCGACCAUCGCUCAUGGACAUUGUGGGUCUGCGCCAGCGUGCCAUGAAUCCCAUGCUGAACAUCCUGAUGCCCUGGCGGGACAUUCACCUGCAGAUGGCUCUAAUGAAGCAGCAGCAGCAGAACCGUGACAAUGUUGUUGGCCAGAAACGUGUGGUGAUCCGUGCCGAAAGCCAGGGACAGAUUGAGGGCACCUCUCUGCUAACAGACGACAUUGAGCUGAGCAACUUUGUCCAGAAUCUGAUCCAGGAAUUGGCUCUUCUGGAGGGUGUUUCCCAGGUGGAGCAAAGCCAAUGGAUUAACAAUGAACGCGAACGUGACCAGCUGGUCAACAGGGAGCAGGAAGACCAAUGGAUUGGACGCGGUCGUCAGCAGUCCCAAGGCCAGGAUGUGGAUACCGGUCGUCUGGUCACUGUGAGCCGUCGACGCCUCCAGGAGCAGAUGAACCAGCAACAGGGUCAGAAUGUUUAUGGUAGCCAGGGUGAGCGUUUCCAGCGAAUCCUCCGCCGCGAUAAUGAUGACGACAACGACGACGAUGAUGACAUUCGCAUGGGUCGCGUCCAAUUGGAGCGUGGCAUAAGCCAGGGUGGUCUUCGCAUAGGAGGAGUCCAUGAUCUGCCCACUGUUAACGAGCACAGUGACCGUCUGCUCCUUGUGGGCCGCCGCCGUAUGAAUCAACAGGAACAACAGCAGGAUCAGCUGUCGGGACGCCAGCGUUUCUUGGGCUUGGUGCAGGGACAUCGCCUUAGCGAGGGUCGCCGAGUUGGUCAGCAGGAUGAUGUUCGUCAGGAGCAGGACCAGAUCCAGGGACAAGGACGUCGCUGGAAUGUUCAACAGGGCCAGAGCUAUGCCGAUCAUUUGGAAAGCGUGAGCCGCGAUGAUGAGCGUUUGGUGCACAUCAACCGCCGUCGUCUCGACCAGGACAACGAGCAGCAGCAGCAGCAAAGGAUUACUUCCCGCAGAAUAGGUUCCAUUGGCGAAGGACGUCGUGUCGUUGGUGAUCGUCUCAUGAAGGAUGAGGACAUUCUGCAGCUUAUCCGCAGCGAAAACCGCCUGAAGGUGAUGAGCGAUGAAGAGAUCCUUGACAUGCUCAAAAGGAACCGCCAGCAGCGCCUGAACAGGAAUCAAAACGAUGAUGAUGACGAUGACAACGAUGAUGAUGAUGUCGUAGAGCAACGCCGACAGGGUCUGCGAAGCCGUCGCAGCAUCCCCAAUCUCCGCCAACAGAACAGCCGUCGUGGCGAGAUCAUUCUGCACAAUCUCCGCCAGCUGUUGGCACGCCUCAACCAGGAGAGCAUUUCCCAGGGAGAGAUUGUCGAGCAAGAGCAGCAGAACCCCCGCCAUACCCAAUCCGAGAGAGACGGCCUUCGCUUGAACCAAAUCCGCAUCGAUUCCCAGCGUAACCGUGAGGUUCUCGGACAGAUCGACCAGAUCAAUGUCAACUCACUCCGUGGCCAAAUGGUGGACCAACGUCAGGUGGAAUCCUAUAUCGCUGAUGUCCUGCUGAGUCGCCGUGGCAUCAUGAACAUCAUCCGCCAGGUGGUCAAGGACAAAGGUCAGCAAAUCGAUCGUUCUGGCUUGGGCAUCCGUCUCAGCCAUCCCUUGGUGCAGCACACCCUCCGCGGUAUUGUUAGGAUCGUGGACGAGAAACGCGAGCAAUUCCUUGGUAGCUACCGUCAGGAGCAACUGCAGAUGCGCGGUGUUUCCAUCAACGAUGUCCGCGUGGACAAGCUGCGUACUCGUAUUGAGGAGCACCAAGUGGACCUUAGCAAUCUGGCCGAGCAGCAAGAUCAGCGUGUCCAGCAGGAGAUUGUGGGACGCCAGCGACGCCUGAACAACAGGGCCUUCACCAUUGACAUGGACAUCACCUCAGACCAGGAUCAGGAUGCCAUUAUCCGUGUCUUCUUGGGACCCGCAGAAGAUCAGCAGGGCAGGCAGGGAGUUUCCCUAGACGAGCGCCGCCGUGACUUCGUCCUCCUGGAUGCCAUCAAAGUGCAGCUGCAGAAUGGACGCAACCGUGUCCAGCAGAGGUCUAUCGACAUACCCUGGACCAGCCGUGAUGUGACCCCCUUGACUGAGAUCUACCGCCGGGUGAUGCAGCAACUGAGGGGCCAGCAGCAGGAACAACAACAGGUUGGCGGUAUCCAAGAAUUGGUCGGCGAGAACGGACGCUUCCCCCAGCACUUGCUGCUGCCCCGUGGCAGGCCCGAGGGUCUGCCCAUGCAGAUCCUGGUCGUUGUCUCACCUGUGCUUGAGCAACAGGUCCAGGAGAUUGUUCCCGAAAUUAGCAUUGGCAUCGGUUCUGCCUCCCUACAGGAUGUCCGCCCCUUGGGCUUCCCCCUAGACCGUCCCAUUCGCAACGAACAGGAGCUGCUGCAACUGUCCAAUGUCGCCCUUCAGGAUGUGGUCAUCAUCCAGGAGAACUAAAAUCCCCGUCAGGAAGUUCCAAUCGAUAACCAGGCCAGCUAACCAAAUACAAUGGACCCAUCUGGAGAACCACUAACGAACCCUAGCCUUAGUCUAUCGAACCUAAAACAAUUUAUCAUAGCAAAAUGUUAAAUACUCUUGUAACCCUUUUUAACUAUAUUUGUAAUUAAAAUCUUUGCAAGCGAUGCAAUAAAGCAUUAAAAAAGAA